AAACCCUAGACUAAUCUCAUGCGAUCCACACCGUCCAUUGCCCCUGAUCUCUACCCCAACCAUCUCGUCCUCCUUCAUCUCACCCAUCCGAUUCAAGAACUUACUUCUUUCGCCAUCUAAUCUAACCCAUCAAAAGUAAAACAAACGCUAGGGCUUUUCUUCGACCUCCGGCCGGGCUCCAUGUCGACGGCAUCAUCAGAAGCAAAAUCCCGUCCGUCCAUCUCCCCCGAACUCUGCCUCACCGAUGCAGACCUCCCCUACGAGGAGGAGAUCCUCCGCAACCCCUUCACCCUCAAGCUCUGGUGGCGUUACCUAAUUGCCCGUUCCACCGCCCCCUUUGCUGCCCGCUCCGUUCUUUAUGAGCGGGCCCUCCGUGCUCUUCCCGGCAGCUACAAGCUAUGGCACGCCUACCUCCUCGAGCGCCUCGAAUCCGUCCGUUCCCUCCCCGUGACCCAUCCCAACUACUCCUCCCUCAACAACACCUUCGAGCGGGCCCUGGUCACCAUGCACAAGAUGCCCCGCAUCUGGACCAUGUAUCUCGAAUCCCUGACCCACCAGCGGCUCCUCACCCGCACCCGCCACACCUUCGACCGUGCCCUUCGUGCCCUGCCCGUCACCCAGCACGAUCGCAUUUGGGGCCCAUACCUCGCAUUCGUCAGCCAGCAGGGCGUUCCCGUUGAGACCUCGCUCCGCGUCUACCGCCGGUACCUGAAAUUUGAUCCCACCCACAUUGAGGACUUCAUUGAGUUCCUCAUCAAUUCCAAACUCUGGCAGGAGGCUGCCGAGCACCUGGCCAGCGUCCUCAAUGAUGAUGGGUUCUACUCGAUCAAGAGCAAGACCAAGCACCAGCUCUGGCUGGAGCUCUGCGAUCUCCUGACCUGCCACGCGAACGAGGUGUCUGGGAUGAACGUGGAUGCGAUCAUCCGCUGUGGGAUCAGGAAGUUCAAUGUUGAGGUGGGUUGCCUCUGGACAUCGCUCGCGGAUUACUACAUACGGCGGGGAUUGUACGAGAAAGCACGGGAUGUAUUCGAAGAGGGCCUGAUAACAGUCGUCACUGUGCGGGACUUCAGCGUGAUUUUUGACUGCUAUACUAUGUUCGAAGAGAGUGCAACCAAUGCCAAGAUGGAGACGAUGGGGGACAGCGAUGAUGAGGAGGAUGGCCAGGAAGAAGAUGGCUCAGUCGAUGUACGGUUGGGUUUGAGCCUGUCUGUUGAGAAGCUCGGGAAGCGGAUUUUGGCUGGAUUUUGGCUGAAUGAUGAUAAUGAUUUGGAUUUGAGACUGGCAAGGCUGGAUCAUCUCAUGAAUCGACGGCCUGAGCUUGUGAACAGUGUAUUGCUUCGGCAGAAUCCACACAAUGUGGAGCAAUGGCACAAGAGGGUGAAACUGUUUGAGGGUAAUCCAACACGGCAGAUUCUGACAUUUACUGAGGCGGUGAGGACUGUCGACCCCAUGAAGGCUGUGGGGAAGCCCCAUACGUUGUGGGUUGCAUUUGCCCAGUUGUACGAGAACCACAAUGAUGUGGCCAAUGCGAGAGUGAUUUUCGAGAAGGCUGUUCAGGUUGAUUAUAAAACGGUGGAUCACUUGGCGAGCGUGUGGUGUGAGUGGGCAGAGAUGGAGCUGAGGCAUAAGAAUUUUAAAGGGACGUUGGAGUUGAUGAGGCGGGCCAUGGCAGAGCCCUCAGUGGAGGUCAAGCGGAGAGUUGCUGUUGAUGGGCAUGAACCGGUGCAGAUGAAGCUGCAUAGAUCGUUGAGGGUGUGGACCUUUUAUGUGGAUUUGGAGGAGAGCCUUGGAACACUGCAAUCUACUCGUGCAGUCUAUGAGCGGAUACUCGAUUUGAAAAUAGCCACUCCACAAAUUAUAAUUAACUAUGCAUUGCUUCUAGAGGAGAAUAAAUACUUUGAAGAUGCAUUCAAGGUAUAUGAAAGAGGUGCAAAGAUAUUUAAAUAUCCCCAUGUCAAGGAUAUUUGGGUCACAUACCUCUCCAAAUUUGUUAAAAGGUAUGGCAAAACAAAGCUAGAGCAGGCAAGAGAGUUGUUCAAGCAUGCAAUUAAAAUGACACCUGCUGAAGAUGUUAAACCAAUGUACCUACAAUAUGCAAAGCUGGAAGAGGAUUAUGGGCUUGCAAUGCGUGCAUUGGAAGUCUAUGAGCAAGCUACGAAGGCUGUCCCUGAAAAUGAAAAAAUGAACAUCUAUGAAAUUUACAUAGCUCGUGCAGCCGAAAUUUUUGGUGUCCCAAGUACGAGGGAAAUAUACAAGCAAGCCAUCGAAUCUGGUCUCCCGGAUAAGGAUGCAAAAUCUCUGUCUAUGAAGUACGCUGAGGUAGAAAAGAGCUUGGGAGAAAUCGAUCGUGCUCGUCUUAUAUAUGCACAUGCAUCACAUUUUGCGGAUCCACGGUUUGCCUCUGAUUUCUGGAACAAAUGGCUUGAAUUUGAGGUGCAACAUGGGAACGAAGGCACCUUCCGAGAGAUGCUUCGAAGAAAGCGCAGUAUCUUAGCUGGCUCUAGCCAGCCACGUAUCAUUCUUCCUGAAUAUUUGAUGCAAAAGGAUCAGAAGCCAAACUUGGAGGAGGAAACGGUGGACACAUUAAAGAGUCAUUCGGGUGCCCUUGAGAGAAUAAAGAGGCCAAGGCUGCAAUAAUAUAGACUUUUCUGGAUUGUAGAGUUACGGGUGACUUCCAUGAACUGCCUUCCUUCGCUGUACUUGCGCAUUGCCAGCACAAGUAGGUCUACUAAAACGUGAUACACAACAUUGUGGGGAGUACUUUCCCCCACUUUGAUCAGCCAAUACAAUUUAGAAAUUUAUUGUUCUCUUAUUCCGUGAAUUAGCAAAAAUUGGUUUGUGGUAAUAUCACAUUGCUUAUUCA